AUGGCCCGUGGAGUCCGCAAGCACCUUAAGCGCCUCAACGCACCGAAGCACUGGCUUCUAGACAAGAUGGGAGGCAUCUGGGCCCCCAGACCUACAAACGGCCCCCAUGGCCUCCGCGAGUGCAUCCCACUCAUCCUCAUCCUGCGUAACCGCCUCCACUAUGCUAACACCUACGCUGAAACCAGCAUGAUCCUCCAGGACAAGAAUGUCUUGAUCGACGGCAAGCCGCGCACAGACCCCACCUUCCCUGUCGGCUUCAUGGACGUCUUUGAGAUCCCGAAGGUGCAUAAGACCUUCCGCGUCCUCUACGACGUCAAGGGCCGCUUCACCCUUGUUCCCAUCCAGAGCAACGAGGCCGGAUUCAAGCUCUGCCGAGUCCAGAAGAUCUUCCUCGGAGACAAGGGUAUGCCCUAUCUUUCUACACACGAUGCACGUACAAUCCGCUUCCCACACCCUGACAUCAAGACGAACGACACCAUCAAGAUCAAUCUGAAGACGGGGAAGAUCGACGAGUGGUACAAGUUUGACAUCGGCAAGAUUGUGAUGGUCACUGGAGGGCGCAACUGUGGACGCAUCGGAACAAUCCAGGCUAUCGACAAGCACAUGGGCUCCUACACUAUGAUCCGCAUGAAGGACACCGAAGGUACCGAGUUCCUUACUCGCCUCUGCAAUGUCUUCGUCAUUGGCAAUGACUCGCCCGCCGUGGCCAUUCCGACGACGAAGGGUAUCCGCCCCGACAUCAUCAAGAACCGCGAGCUGCGCCUCAGAUCGAUCGCCAAGCGCGGCGGCGGGGCCUCUUAUGAGUAA